AUGGCGUCAAACCGAUUUGACUCGAUUUCCCACCAGGAUCCUAGCUCUGCUUCUCUUAUCCGAGAACACACAUCGCAGUCAGAGGACAAUUCAUUCCUCAAGACCACAGAAACGAAGUCAGAGCUAGAAAAUGCGCGACCAACGCAUAGGAGUAAAAAGACUGCAGCGACCAUUUAUACCUCCUUCGUUAGAUGGUGGCCUGAGCUGCUGUCCUGCACAUUUGCUAUUGCUGUAUUCCUUGUGCUCGCGUUGGUGCUGCGCCCAUAUCAAGGAAAAAUACUAUCAUCCUGGCCUCUUGCAAUCACCAUCAACACAUUUGUGGCAAUAUGUAUGCUCCUAAUCAAGGCUUCACUGGCGAUGAUUGUGUCCAAUGGCAUCGGUCAACUGAAAUGGGUUUGGUACAGUAAACCUCGUCCGCUAGAGGACCUGCAGCAAUAUGAUAGCGCUUCACGAGGCGUGGUUGGAUCACUUGGCCUCAUGUGGACGCAUCGGAAUGGAAGGCGAAUGAUACCACUCCUAGGGGCAAUUCUCACUAUUAUCCUUACUCUAGUCGAUCCUUUCGGACAAGCAUUGGUUCAACUUGAGAACUGUACCGUAGUCGACCCCUCUAUCCGAAGCACAAUUGCGACAACUCACCACGCCAACCUUUUGAAUACAGAUCGCAUAUAUAUUCUCAAUGGCGGUGCUAUGGGUCCAAUGAUGAUUGGCAUGCUUAAUGAGAGCCUGAUCCCACCCGUAACAUUUGAUUGUCCUACAGGAAACUGCACUUAUCCAGACCCCUACCGCUCUGGUGGCUUCUGCUCAAAGUGCAGCGACGUCUCCGACCAAGUAGUUGCCACCAAUGAAUCUACCUGGUAUUGGGAGGAAGCAAACUUUACUCUUUCAGUUAACACCGGGUCACAGUACGUCAGUGGUCAAUCAGGAGUCCUGCAAAUGGCAGCCCAAAGGACCACUUCGGCCGACACUAUUGCUUCAGUACAAGUCAUGGGGUCGCAGCUCACACAAUGCAAGGAUAACUCUACUACUCCAUGGCGCUGCCGGACCUACGGAGCUGCGGUGUGCGAAAUCAACCCUUGUGUUGUCAGUUACACUGGAAAGGUCGAGACAGGCAAUCUUAAGGAGACUGUUGUUGCUACAUCCGAAGUUUGGUCAUCUGGUGUCGAGACAUAUAACAAUUACAUGGGGUCUAUCGACGUAUCCUGCCUUAAUACCAGCGAGCGAAACGCCUUACAACAUGCUGGAUUCCAUUUAAAACCGGACACCAGUUGGCUUGCCUAUAACGUGUCCUUUUAUCGGCAAAACUCAUCCUAUAUAGUUGUCAACGGAUCGGACGUGCGGCCGGAAUGUAUCUAUAUUAUGGAUCGUCAACAGAUAAGCGCAAUGAACUCGCUCUUUUUUAAUGACGGAUUUAUCAACACAAUUGUAUCCACGAUGAGCUCCCCUACUGGAUUAUUCAUCUUUGGAGAAAUUCAGUGGCAGGCUAUAUGGAAUGGAGGGGUUAUGGAUUUUGUCGACAUUCAGCGAGCGUUUGAUGGGUUGACGAAAGGGUUGACAACAUACGCAAGAAGCAAUCCCAGAGAUUCUAUUGAAGGCGGAUUAGGCGACAGCUUCCGAAAUGGAACAUCUUACCGAAAUACGACGUGUAUACAAUUGCAGUGGCAAUGGAUUUCAUAUCUGGCAACGGCAUUAAUCGGAACGAUCCUAUUUCUCAUCGGGACAAUGAUUAUGACACGGACAAGUCUUGAAGUGAAUGGGCAGGAUUAUAAGAUAUCCAUUUUACCUUUGAUGUUUCAUGGUGUUGCUUUUAGAGAUCCUGAAGCAUCCUUCAAGAACCCUGGAUUUAUAGAUGACAUGACGGCAGAGGCCGAGAAGCUAUAUGUCCAAUUCGAGCCAGCAGAAAGGGGGUGGCAGUUUGUAGAGAAAAAAAUUACUUAG